AUGUCUUUGAAUCGUGUGGGUGCUAUAAAUGACGGUCAAACAUCGACACGUAUCGAUAUCGAUAACAAUAAACCAACAUGGAAAGAUCUUAUUGAUAAAGAAACAGAAUCUAACGAGUUGCUUAGUGUCACAUGUCACGCUUACUCGACUAAUAACAGAGAAACUGAUGAUCAAACAAAAGUUUGUCCUUGUGGUCGAUUGGCACGUUGCCACAGUUUUGAUGGUUUGGAAAAAAUGCAGGAUGCCAAUGCUACAUUUAGUCGAAAAUUUGUCACUAAACAGAAAUUGACCGUAUAUGGACAACUUAACAAUGGGGCCCAAGCAUCACGCAACAUAUCGCAUACUACUUUCGCACAUUUUACUGGACCAAGAGCACCGAUAACAUUGAAUUAUGAUGAAGGAAAAACACUUGACAAAAAUCAUUCACAUUUUCUUCUACUAGACAAUGGUCGUGUAAAUUGUUAUAUUGAUGAUCGUCCUCGUUCUGAUUUUGUCAAGAGUGCAUGUACUGAAUUUAAGUGUCAAGCUAUAACAAUCAUUGUUGAAGGUGGUUUCAAUACUCUGGAAGUCAUUAAACAUGAUUUAAUGGCUGAGCGACCAGUAAUCAUCAUUCAUGGUAGUGGUCGUUUGGCAAACGUUCUUGGUACAUUACUUGAAAAUUCAAACGAAGAAACUAUACCUGAAGAAAAAGAUGUGAAAGAACAACUUGAAUCAGUUUUUCAUGAACAUUGGUCUAAGAUUGAAGAAAACAAAGAAAAUGUUAGAAACGAUAUCAUUAAAACUAUUAGAGAAUUAUUUAAACAAGAAUAUCGCAAGUAUCUGAGUGUAUUUUAUCUCGAACAUGAUCCAAGUCUUACAGAUACUAUUUUUAAAGCAGUGGAUGCUGCUCAUGCUGAUGCAAGACAACAGGAAAAUUUUCUCAAAUUAGCUAUCAGCUGGAAUUAUGCAGAUAGAGCAGAAUCUGUGCUUAAACAUCUCGCAGAUGAUCCAAAACUCUACCCUAGCUUAUUUGAACAAGCACUCAAAGAAAAUCGUCCAGUAUUCGUUGAUUAUUUUCUAAGAAGAAAUCAUAGUCCUCUUCAAACAACUGAAUUUCUUAAACAUUCUGAAAGUCUGAGAAUGACAAUAAGUAAUGGCAAUGAAUCCGAUUCAGAUCGCUAUGUUGAUAUUGCUUUUGUCCUUUUGUUACAACUUGAAUCACGAAUGGGUGCAGCAUUGAUCGCAGCUGGUAUGGCUCAGCAUCUAUCUUUAUCUGCUAGCACUUUGGAUGUACGGCAUACAUACACUGAACAGGCGGAAAAAUAUGAAGCAUAUGCUACAGAUUGUAUUAACGCCUGCUAUAAACAUAAUGAACGACUUGCUUGUCAACUCCUUUUACGUGAAAAUCCACUUUUUGGAAAUGUUACCUGUAUGCAAAUAGCAAUUGCAUCACGUAUUAUAAAAUUUAUCAACACUGACUGUUUCAAUCAAGUUCUAAACCGACAAUGGUUUGGUCAUCUACCAGGCAAUGCAACUGAAUCAUCAAUAGCAAAAUUAAAAUUUUUACUCAGUUUAAUAUCAUUAGGAUUGAUUAAACAUCGUCUUAGAAAAUAUCGUGCAGAAGAUGUUAUCGAUCAGACUUCACAAGAAAUAUUUCAAAAGAAUGAUUCUCAUAGAUGGAAAGGAAUCGAAGAUCAAACCAUUAAAUCUCCUAAUUACCUUCAAAAAGUAUUCUAUUUUCAUUUAGCUCCUGUUGUCAAGAUGUGCUAUGAUUUUGCAAUCUAUAUAUGGUUUCUACUUGUCUUUAGUUAUAUGAUGUUAUUUCAUAUGAAUAUAGAGGAAAAUUCAGUUCAUUGGACAAGAAUUUAUCUGAUUAUUACUGUGUCAGCAAUGCUUAUUGAAGAUUUUCGUAAAUUAGCCGUUGAUUAUUAUACACGAAUGUUGGAAAGAUGGCAUCGACCGGGCAUAUGGAUGAUUCCUAUAUAUGCAAUGCCCUAUCUUCUUUUUUAUAUUGGCAUUAUACUUUAUUUUCGAUCAGAAAAUCAAUCAAAUCUUUUUACCGCUGCAAGGAUUAUUCUGGCCAUUGAUCUUGAACUUUGGUAUCUCUUCUCAUUACGUUUUGUUAGUGCUAUUAAACUAUUAGGACCAAAACUUUUCAUGAUUCGAAAUAUGUUAGGCUAUUUAACUGCUUUCAUUUAUAUAAUCUUUGUUUGUAUUGCUGCCUACGGUGUAGUAUCUCGUGCUCUAACUAUGUAUGCAGAAUUAGAAUUUACAGCUAGAAGUAUCUUUACGGCUGUAUUCUAUCAACCUUAUUGGUUCUUAUAUUCCAUUGUCGAAGAAGAGAAAUCCAAUCUUGAUUAUAUCAUAUCUAACGCAACUUCAUCAGAAAGAGUGGCAGAGGCUACUGUAACUCAUGUACUGCUAGCUUGUCACAUGCUUUUUAUCAAUAUUCUGAUUCUUAAUUUACUUAUUGCCGUGUUUAACUUUUCAAUCAAUGAAGUUCACGAUAAGAAUGAAUAUAUUUGGCGUUAUCAACGGUAUGAAUUAAUUCGUGAAUAUUUUGAAAAGCCAUUAUUUGCUUUUCCACCUCUUUCACUUCUUGCUUAUAUUGGAUGGUUCAUAAGUGCAGUUAUAUGUCGCGGCACAACUUUUCGAUUUAGUCAAUUGUAUUUAGAACGUCGUUGCAACACGCCUGAGAUGAAUGUUCGGUGGACAGAAUUUGAGAACGCUGCUACCUAUGAUUAUGCACGUAAAUUUGUUGAAGAUAAUUAUCGACCAAAAGCCGAAUAUCAGACUUUAAAAUUAGAAACACAAGUAAAUGCAAUGAAAAACACCAUUGAUAGAUUACAAACACAAAUAGAUGCAUUGAACCGUAGUAACGAACAGGCUCGGGCUGAAAACAAUGCACAGAUGAACCGAAUGAUGAUUUGCAUGGAUUGGAUAAUGACUGCAAUGGCUCGUGUUAGAAUGUCUAAUAUUCCACUACCAACAUUUGAAAAUUCAACAGAUAGUACUGCAUAA